AUUUGAAUGUUAAUGUAGUGGUAGGCACAACAUUAUUUUCCUAUUUCCGGGUAGUAGUGAAAUAUGAAUCAAAUGUACAUCGUUGCCAGUGAUAGUUGUUCAUAUGAUGUUUGUAGUCAUCCUUUUUUUUUAAUGCGCUUUAAAAUUGCUGGAUAUCGUACAUAACUUCCAACGAUACUGACAACACUGCACUAGCGAAAGUGGACAACAAGUAGAAAAAUAAAAAAAGUGAAAUAUUGUGAUAGCGUGAUUGUUUUGACCACGGUUUUUCUUAGUUUUGCGUUAUUUCUACCAGAAAUUAAGUGUUACGUGUUCUAAAAUCUACGAUAAGUGGAAGUAAAUCGUGUUGGACGUCCUACGUUUAGCAAAAACUAGACAAUCGAGUGAGAAGUGUCCUUCAUUUGCCGGUGGAUUUAUGAAAACAUACACCAAAAUACUCGCCGAACGUGUUGAAAAUGACCACGAAUCGUCAGAUUCCGGGCAUUAUCAGUUAAGAAAACGAUUAAGACGGAAAAGUAAUCCUGUUCUUGAGGCGUCUUAGCAAUUUGGAAGUGAUUUAUUACAGUGUCCAAGGAUGGGCGGACAAGCUAGGCGGAGAAUUAGCAUCCUUAGGAGAUUUUAUAACUAGACGAAAAGACGUAGAAGAUAGUUUUAAACAAGCACAAGUAGUUAGCAAAAAUGGACAAAAAAUUGUGGAAGAGAUGGCCAAGGACCUCAAGUACAUGAUGGAUGCGAAAGUGAGCGCCGUUAAGCGCAUCAUGGACACCGCCGAGAACACGGCCAUCUCGUACGACGAGGAACCGGUGAACCAGAGUUUCCAGUACUACAAUGCGAAGGAGAUGAUCGAACCGGGCGAGAUCAUCACCACACCGAUACCGAUGAUCGACGAAGAUCCCGCUGACAUAACGACGCCCAUCCCGCCCAAAGAGAUCGUUCUCACCAAGAAGAAGCACUUCUUCAACGAAGCGGUCAAUACCUCGGUCAGUUCGGUGCACGUGCCCACCAAUGUGUACGAUAGAGCAACCGAAGUUAUCAAAGCGAUCAAGUGGUCCGAAGCGUUGGACUCGAUCUUCUACAACAACUACAUCGGCGAUCCAACGUUAACAUGGCAAUACUUUGGAAGCUCUACGGGCUUUCUCCGGCAGUUUCCGGCGACCAAGUGGGUGGAGGAUCCGGUCGAUCUCUACGACUGUCGGCUGCGCUCGUGGUACAUUGAGGCGGCCAACAGUCCGAAAGAUGUCAUCAUCCUAGUAGACAGCUCCGGUUCCAUGACGGGCCAGCGCAAAGACAUCGCCAAGCACGUCGUGUCCAACAUUCUGGACACGUUGGGUCCUAACGAUUACGUCAACAUCUUCACUUUCUCCGAAGAGGUGACCGAAGUUGUCGAUUGCUUCCGCGAUACGCUGGUCCAAGCCAACAUGGGUAACAUCCGAGAGCUGAAGCUAGGAAUGGAUAACAUCGAAACGACUGAGAUUGCGAACGUUUCGGCGGCAUUGACCAAGGCCUUCGAGCUGUUGGAAACCUUCCGCGAGAGUCGAAACGGGGCCCGGUGCAAUCAGGCCAUUAUGCUCGUUUCGGAUGGUGUUCCGUACAGCUUCGAGGACAUCUUCGAGCAGUACAACUGGAAGGAGCUGCCAUUCAUUCCGGUUCGGGUCUUUACGUAUUUGAUAGGCCGGGAGGUCGCCGAUGUCAAGGAAAUAAAGGAAAUGGCCUGCAAGAAUCAAGGCUACUACGUACACUUGAGCACGCUGGCCGAGGUGCGGGAAGAAGUGCUUAACUACAUUCCGGUGAUAGCGCGGCCACUGGUGUUGAAUAAACGGGAACAUCCGGUGGUGUGGUCCGAGGUGUAUGCGGACGUUGAGGAUCCAAAAAUGACAGACUGGUUGUGGGAGAUUAAGGAACGAGCCGAACAGAAGGAACGGUUCAUCGAUUACCGCAAGAAUCGAGUGAUAUUCUUCUCUCCGGAGGAACAGCAUCGCCGGAUGAUUAUGAAACAGCGAAUGAACCAAGAUCCCUACUCCAACAACCAGAAGUACAAUUUCAUGACAACAGUGUCGGUGCCUGUGUUUGAUCGUCGGGAAAAUGCCAACAUCACCGAAGACAUCCUCGUCAAUGCGGCUUACUGGGUUACGAUAACACGAGAGACCAAGGUGGCGAACAUUCUCGGAGUAGCCGGGGCUGACGUACCAAUCUCGGAAAUCAAGAAAUAUUUGAAGCCUCAUUUGCUUGGAGUCAACGGGUACGCCUUCAUCGUUACGAAUAACGGCUAUAUUCUAACGCACCCCGAUUUCCGUCCAGUUUUUCAAGAUAUUUUAAAACCAGCCUACAAUACAGUGGACAUGAUAGAGGUUGAACUAACCGAUGACGACCGUGGACCACGGGACUUCAAUCUUGCCUUAUUGCAUAUACGAGAAUCUAUAAUAAAUCAAUCUACCGGAGCGAAAUGGGUGCACGUGAAAUAUCAUUUCGACGAAAUGAAACGGGUAUCUCGCACCCGGCGCCAGUAUUACUGGACUCCGAUCAAGAACACCCCGUUCACUCUGGUAGUAACGUACCCGGAAACCUACGGUGUCCAUCGGCUUCAGAUCCGGACGGAGGACGAAAUACACCGCAUACUCGCCAAGGGCGGUAAUGUCGCUAGUUUCUUCAGCGGCAUUAACUGGAAAAUUCAUCCCGAUUGGGUGUAUUGCAAAUAUCUGAACGAACACGCAAAUGAAACGUUCGCCACCCCAGAACUGGAAUUGAAGCACUUCCUAGAGCGAAUGAAAGCGGGCGGCUGGAAAUGGCCAGCGCUCCGGACACCGCCUCCACCGGAGCAUGCCAUGUUUUCUAACAUUUCGACCCGAAUGCCUGAAAAGGACUACUAUUACUGCGAUCGCAAUUUAAUGCAAGCCCUGGUUUACGACGCCAAAGUGACGGAAUGGUUCUCGAAAAAUACCAGCGGAGGUAGCGGCAGCAGAGACGAGAAGGGCGGCCCUAGCCCAAUUGCAGUUUUGAUGGGUUUAUUGCCAAGGAAUGAAUUCAAGCAACGAUUUGGAGUGACCGUUUCAUUCCUGGCAACCCACAGUGGGCUUACCAGGUGGCAGGACCACAUGAACUUUGGCGAUGAGUCCAAACAGUCGGAACCCGACUUCAGCGAAACGCACAACCGCGCGAUCGAUGAAAUUUGGUACAAGCGCGCGGUGGAGCUGUACUACAACAACAAGAACAAGCGAAGCCAAGACGGCAACGGUAAGGAUGACGACGACAAGAACAGCUACGUCUACUCGGUUCCGUUCGAUGCUGGCAAUCGGAACGACACCCUGGUGACGGCUAGCAAUGCAAUCUUCCAUACCGAGGGCGGCAAGGAGACACCGGUGGCCGUGGUUGGCUUCCAAUUUCACCACUCGGCCAUGUACACUCUGUUCAAAAACAUCACUAGCCAAUGCAGGCCGAAUAGCGAUCACAGCUGCGAGAAGACGUGUUUCACCGGGGACUACCAGUGCUACGUGAUAGACAACAACGGGUUCGUGGUGAUCAGCGAACAGCUGCAGGAGACUGGGGCGUUCUUCGGGGAGGUGAAGCCUGCGUUCAUGCAGCGGAUGCUCGAUGAUGGGAUUUUUAAGAACGUCACCAUCUACGAUUAUCAGGCGGUGUGCUUCGUGGGGAAGAACAUCAUCAACAUGGCCAAUAUCAUUCAGACGCCUUUGAAGAUUAUCUGGUGGUUCCUGAAGAAUGCUGUUUCAUACGUCCUAUGGCUGAUAGUGCAGAUAUUUUUUACCAUCGUGCAAGCCUACGACGAAGUACCGUACGAUAACCAGUAUGACGCGAUGGCCGAUCCGGAUUUUGAGGAUCCAACAGCCGGUCGGUACAAGGAGCCAGAGUUCAACAAGGUUCUGAUCAAUCGAACGCGACCGGAGCCUUGCGAUCAUGUCAUCACACUGUACGAGAUCAACAACGAUGUCGAUCCGACCGUGUAUCGGAAGGAUGCUCAUCAGUGUGAAAGACCGUACGUGGUACUGCCAAUCCCAUCCAGCAAUCUGAUCCUGCUGGUUUUGGACACGCUGUGUCCGCUGCCUUCGCACGUCCCAGUGCUCACCACGUGGCCCGUCGAGCACGACUACAAUGCGACGUUGGCAUGUCACAAAGCUCGCAGUGUUGAGCUUCCACGGAGGCGACCGCUCACCUGCAUCAAUAAGCAUGCGAAUGAAAGUAUUAUCGAACUAUGUGGCCGAGGAUCGUCGCUGGUCGGAUCGAGCUGGGCGCUGAUAGCGAGUGUUCUGCUAUUAGGACAGCUGUGGCACGUUAAUGGCAAUUGAGUCCUCUUUGUGAAUUAGGGGUCAUUUCUGUGUAUCGCAUUUUGAAUUUCGCCCCACUCACCUCACAUAACAGCCUCCUAACUUCACGUGAGAUGCGAAAAAUGGAUUUUAUGACAUUGCACGAACGGAAAUCCAAGUGACGAUUAAUCCAUACGCAAAGACAAACUUUCAAUAGAUACGGUAAUAAAGAAAAAUACUGAGAGCUUUCAAUCCGGAUGUCACUUACCACUGAUGAGUAUGGUCUCCGAGUCCAAGGAACAUUCAAAAAGUGAAUCAUCAGAACAAACUCACCACUGGUUAGCAUCCUUCCAAGUAAAACAAAAAAAUACGAACAAGUCACAACACUUUCACAACUAUAGCUAAAUUUUGAUUGUUACUUUCAAUUUUCAAUAAGAAAACGUUUUAAUUACCACUUCAACGGGGAAAAAAGUAAAACAAAAGCGUUAUAUUUAGUACAAUAACUGCUGCUAUAGAACCAUUGAAACUAUUUAGCCAAAUUCUGUUACUCGAUUUCACAAGAUUUUUAAAACUAACUAAACUCAAGUCUGCUGAAGCAAACAGGAAAAAACUAUACACAUUUUGUUAUCGAUUACUAAUGUGCUUCACAAAAAAAACAAGUUUUAUAGAAUCAACUAAUCUCAUCAUCUUGUACAAAAGUAAACUAACGAACGACGAAUUUCGAUAUGAACCAUAGUAGAACGGAAGAGGCCAAAGUAGAUGGAAAUGACGCAAACAAUUGGUUACAGUGUUGGCCAAAUCCAUAGUUGGAUUUUUAUUUAUGUUUGCGAUGUGAAAU